CUCCGACAUCCUCUGAAUAUGAUACAAUCGCCAUCAUAUCUGCGCGUACGAACCUGACGACUGCCCCCCGAUCUUCUUCCAUAUAAACAAUGUCAUUAACAAAGGCAACAAAGGGCGACACACCUUAUCAAGUCCGCUCUUUGUACCGUUCUCUCCUCCGCCAGGGUCGCCAGUUCGCCGCAUACAACUUCCGCGAAUACGCCAAACGAAGAACGCGCGAUGCCUUCCGGGAACACCAGCAUGAGACUGAUGAAAGGAGAAUACAAGAGCUUGUGCAGAGGGGAAUCAAGGAGCUUCAGAUGCUGAAGAGGCAAACGGUCAUCAGUCAGUUCUAUCAGUUGGAUAGGCUGGUAGUAGAAGGGGGAAGUGCUGGCAAGGAGAAGGGGAAGCAUGGGGGCAUUGUCCGCCAGAAGGAACAAGGAUGGGAUUGAUCGUGCCGGAAUGACUUGUCUGAGAUUCCCUCUGCAUCAUUUGGGGUUGCCACGGCUAUCGUUGAAGGCCGGGCUGGGAAG